AUAAAUAAUCUAAUAAAAUUUUUGACAUAAGUAGCUUUACGAUUGCUCUCAAAAUAUUUGCCACAAUAUGUUUCUAGUACUUUUUAGUUCACGUUUAGUUUUUAAAUCAGUGUAACUAUUUACAUGGGAAAAUCUACGAACAGAGGCUAGAUACUCACGACACCCUCGACGCCCAUUAUUCUACAUAAUGAAAAACCAGAUUAGGAUAACAGUUGUUGGUGAUGGCGAUACAGGGAAGACAUGCAUGUUAAUAGUAUACAAAGACAGAAAAUUCGAUGAAAGGUAUAUUCCUACAGUGUUUGACGUUUAUUCGAUGACUGUACCAAUAAAUAAAAGAGAGUACACCGUGAUAUUACAAGAUACAGCUGGACAAGAAGAAUUCGACAAACUCCGCCAACUGGCGUAUAAGGAAACGGACGUUUUUAUACUGUGCUACGCAGUAAAUGACGUUAAUUCUUGGGAUAACGUUAAGGAGAAAUGGGCUCCGGAAUUAAAGAGAUGUUGUCCUAGAGCGAAACUGAUAUUAGCUGCAACGAAAUGUGAUCUCGAAAGUGAAAGAAAAGUUCCUGUCAAAGAGGGUCAGAGACUCGCCAAGAUAAUCAAAGCUGACGGAUUUAUAGAAAACUCGGCCAAAAUUGGAAGGAGUAUUGAUGAGACAAUUUGUUUAGCACUCAUGAAGUAUAUUAAUGCAAGGGAAAAUACUGGUGGUAGUAGCAGUAGUAGUAGUUGCGUUUUGUUAUGAUGGGAACUAAUUUUAUUUGUGUAAUUUUAUUGAAUAAGGUAUGAUUGAUUAAAAGUGCAAUUUGCGAGCCAUCACUCAACCAAUGAUUAUGGUAAAUGUUGAAAGCCGUUGUUAUAGGAACUAUACGUGGAUGCAACUGACACUAUGAUGCAUUUCACGAGUGUUGCUUUGAAGUCUUAUUGUACUGUCUAGUUUUGUGGUUAUCCAUUAUAACAUGAUUUAAUUUAAGACGUAUCUGUUCAGCAACCGCUCGCAAACUCAACAAGUUUAGUUAAUCAUUUGGGACAAAUGGUAUAAAACAAGGUUCUUUGUUAAAAAUAAGUCUAAAAUUUGUUAUAACAAUCCUUUUGUGUGAUAUAUGUCAAUAUUUUUAAUUUUUAUGUUAAAUUAUAAAUACUGUUGAUGACAAUGAGAUUCUAGUAUGUAAAUAAAUCUGUAACAUACGCUGUCUAAAUUUAAA